AUGACAAGCCGCCGGGAAGAAGAUCACACCCACGACCACUUCUUCAAACUCAUUCUAAUCGGCGACUCCCAUGUCGGAAAAUCCAACUUACUCUCCAGAUUCUGCGACAACAAAUUCACCCUCGAGUUCAACUCCACCAUCGGAGUCGAAUUCGCCACCAAAACCCUCCACAUCGACGGAAAGCACAUCAUGGUUCAAAUCUGGGACACUUCCGGCCACAAGAAAGUUCGAGCCAUCACCGACGCCUACUACCGUGGCGCAACCGGUGCACUCCUGGUCUACGAUGUUACUAAACACAUCACAUUUGUAAACAUACAACGAUGGUUAGCAGAUUUGAGGAACCAUGCAGAUCCGAAUAUGGUUUUGACGUUGAUCGGGAAUAAAUCCGAUGUUAGACACUCGGUUACUGUUUUGACGGAGGUCGGAAAGUCAUUUGCUGAGAAAGAAUCUUUGUAUUUUAUUGAGACAUCUGCUUUGAGAGAUACGAAUGUGGAGAAAGCGUUUACUGAAGUUGUUGAUCGAAUGUAUCAGACUCAAAUUUGUAGGACGAAAGCUAUGGAAGUUCAAGAAACAACGUCGCUUUCUAGAAGUGUAUCUAUAUCAAGUGGAAACAACGAACCCGCACACUACAAACUGAAGCUCGAGUCAUUCUCUCUUUUGUUUGAAGCUGGAAUAGUAAAGUAUGAAUCCGAUGUUUUUGAAGCUAGCGGAUACAAAUGGAAACUAGAACUAUAUCCAAAAGGAAACGAGGAAGAAUACAUAAAAGACCACAUUUCUCUUUAUCUUGUCAUAUGUGACACACAAAGUCUUGAAAGAGGGUGGGAGGUUUAUGUGUACUUCAAAAUCUUGAUUUACGAUCAUAUACGCCACAACUAUCUAACCAUUCAAGGUGGGGAUGGGAAACGUACGAGGUUCCAUGAGAAGAAAACGAGAUGGGGCUUCAGGAAACUCAUGUCACUAGAGUCGUUUAAGGAGGCUGAAAACGGUUACCUUUUUGGGGAUUCAUGUGAGUUUGGAGCCGAGGUUUUUGUUGUCCCAAAAUAUGCGCAAAAAGAUCAAUGUUUGUCGAUGAUCAAGCCCCCAACAACUAUGAAUACACACAUUUGGACAAUUGCUAAUUUUUCGGCUUUAAAAGAUGAAGCGUUGUACUCUGAGGAUUUCAAAGUUGGCCAAGUGAAAUGGAAAUUGUCGUUGUAUCCUAAAGGAUCCAAAACAGGAAAAAACACAAAUCUUUCAAUCUUUCUAAGACCACAUGAUGUUGGAUCUGGUUCUGGUUCUGGUUCUGGAUCGGAUGAGUGGAGAGUUUAUGCAAAAUUCAAGAUUCGGGUAAAAACCCAUGAAUUCAGCGGUACCCAUGAAAGUAAAGAAGCUGACCAUUGGUUUUGCAAAACGUCGGAUGGUUGGGGGUUCCCUUGUUUUAUGCUGUUAAGCGAUCUUCAUGACUCCAAAAAGGGCUUCUUGUGGAACGACACUUUGGUUGUUGAAGCACAAAUCUUAAUUGUGGGUAUCCUAAAAAAUCUCGUCUAAAUUAAGUUGUAUACAAUUAUCUAGCAAUUUGAGUUCCAG